GACACGGCCCUUAUUAGGUGAAACGGCGUUUUCUGUCACUUUGUUUGGUGCAUUGGGAUAUUCGUUAAGAGAUACCCUUGCUUUGUUGGAGUUUUUCCUGGUCUCCGUCGGUCCGAUCACCUUGACGGACCGUACAACUAUACCUCGAAUCCUCGCCUUGACGGCUCUUUCGUUAUCUCCCGACAGGUCUUCCUGUUCGGUUAUUUCCUAUCUUUGAAGGGAAAAAAAAAAAAAAAAAAGGACAAGGAAAGAAGAAAAUCAAAUCAGGAUAGCCAGUCAGACCUUUGCUAUCUGUCUCUCAACUUCCAACUUUAAUUUGUUUUUCUAUAUACUCGUCGCGAGUUAUCGCAUGUUUGUUACCCAGUAACCGCGAUAAUGCUUAUCGAUGGCGAGAAGUGGGCUUGUGAAGCUUGCGUCCGAGGUCACCGUGUCAGCAGCUGUCACCACAGUGACCGCCCCUUGACCCAUAUCAACAAAAAAGGCCGUCCAGUCUCUCAAUGCAACCACUGUCGCGGCCUACGCAAGUCACGGACAACCCACACAAAGUGCGAGUGUGGUGACAAGAAAAAGAACAGCCACAAACAUGAUUCAGAUCCCCACCACGCCAAUGACAAGCGGGAUCACAAGCAGGACUCCCGUCCAAGAUGUGGCUGCACUCAUGGACAGCGCUGUACUUGUGCGCUGAAGAAGGAACCCCACCUAAAUACUGUGCCGGAAACUGGUCUUCCUCCACCCCAGCAUACGAUUCUAUCGGAAACUCCCAAGAAGCCCCAGUUGACGUCGACCAAGUCGGAAAGUACGCUUACGAUCUUCCGCGAUGGUCACCACAAACCGGCUCAUAAACACAAUGACAUGGCUCACAAAUGUGGUCUGCCCUACACAAUACCCCGGUCUCAUACAAUCCACUCGACAUCAGAUGUGUCUCGUCGGUCCGUCGAUCAACUGCCCCUGACACAAGCGGCCUUGAUGAGCGAACCCUUCUCAACUCAACAAUUUCCGGAACAGCAGCCCACCCAUGGUUCUCAGCGUCGUGUCAAGUCCGAGCAUGGGUCUCCCGAGAGUGCCCCCGUCGUGUCCACGGAAGAUGUACCGACAAACGUCCCCCCACUCGACCUCUCGUCUUUCUUUCCUCAAGCUCAGCCCAUGAAUAAGCCCUCGGAGGCCGAGCCGGUGUCCCUUUCCAUUGGGAAGACGCCCCUAAAUCCGCUCAUGACUAGUGUGCCGCCUCUCGAUGUCUCGCCCUUCUCUCCUUUCCCGACCACAACAACGUCGCCAGUGAACGCGAUGGCAUUCCAAGAUCCUUACAGAGAGCAAUUUUUCGCAUCGCCAGACAGCGAUUUGCCAUUGGGCCCUACCGGAUUCAAUGCCCCCCCUGUCGAUUGGUCGAGCUUCCCUUUGUACUCGUCGGACGUUCCGGCCGCGACCAGCACUCAGGCUCCUUCUUACGCGAGCUUCGACUACAACUCUAUAAGCCAUGGACUCCCGGCCCCGUCAUCGUCCGGUGAUAUCUCCGAAGUCGAGGAUUUCGCGCCAUUCUCCGGCUUUGGAAACACCGGCAAUGACCUUCACGACCUCGCCAGCGGGAGCGAAGGCUCAGAUAUGGAUCAUUUCCGCAUAAGCUCCGCGUCAUCGUUCAUUGGCCUCCCGCAGGCCCAGCUCUUAUCGUCUAAUCAGCUCGAGUCAAUCAACAUUGACGAUUUUCUCAAGUCCGCCAAUGAGUCCACCGCAGCAUUGGAGCACCAAAUUCAAGCCAGCAUGGGCAUGGAACCCAAGCAACUGCCGUCUCAGGACGCCUACGACAUAUCGGACGCCGAGGCCUUCAAACCAAUGACGACCCCUACUACGAGCGUUCCGAUGACAACGUCCGCUGCGGAUCCCAUCUGGCCCGCGGCGCUCUUUGAUCCCGCCGCUGCGUCGGUAGAUGACAACAGUUUCUACCCGCCAUCCUGGGUGCAGUAGUGCAGCCGCGGGCGAGAGCAGGUUGACCUGGCUUUUGUGGUCUGUUUGCGGCACAUUACCACCACCUCCACACCGUCUAAGUGACGACACCUACGUCUUCACGACCUUGAUGAGAGAUGAUGAUAAAUGCCUGAUAUUAUUGUUCAAUUAGCCAGUCCCAGUCAAACUAUACUAUAGUAUCCAAUCGAUAAAGAGUAGUGUUCAAGUUUUAUAUCUGCUCAUGGUUUCCUUCCUUGACUCGGAUUGGUAGUUUCCGGGUUCUACAGUCUCUCCCAGCUUACCUUUAGCGAUUCCCGGUACUCCGUACAGACAUAUAUACCUACAUUCUUGAUAUGCGUCUAUAUAGACCAAAGUGAUUGUUUA